ACUACGGAAAGACUAGUCCAGAUUUAAGAACUUCAACUCUCUCUCUCUCUUCUCUAUUAUCCAACCCCCAACGCAUUCUCCCAACCACCGCAACCUUCCGCCCUUCUCUCUCCGAAACUCUCCUCUGCUUUCUUUUUUGUUUGAUCUGGUUUCUGAGUUUGGCAGGCUUUGAAUUUGGUUCCAUCUGAAGCAUUCAUCAAGGAGCAUUGUAUAAAAGACCGGUCAUUGGGGGUAUCAUACAGUUAUGUCUUGUUUCUCUUUCUUACGCAGAAAACCACCUCCUGAAUUUGAUGAAGAGCUUUCAGGCAUUCAUAAGGUUACUUUUUACUCCUACAAAGAGCUAAGAAUUGCCACUGAUGAUUUUAGUCCGGCCAACAAAAUUGGGGAGGGUGGUUUUGGUUCGGUCUACAAGGGGAGGCUUAAAAAUGGAAAAAUUGCCGCUAUAAAGGUUCUUUCACCUGAAUCAAGACAAGGAGUACGAGAAUUCUUGACAGAGAUUAAAGUGAUUUCAGAUAUAGAGCACGAAAACUUAGUCAAACUUUAUGGCUGUUGUGUGGAAGAAAAUCAAAGGAUUCUCGUCUACAACUACCUUGAGAAUAACAACCUCGCACAAACCCUCCUUGGUGGAGGUCACAGUAGCAUCCAGUUUAGUUGGCGAACAAGGGUCAGAGUUUGCAUUGGAGUUGCACGAGGGCUUGCCUACCUGCAUGAGGAAGUACGCCCACAUAUUGUUCAUCGGGACAUCAAAGCAAGCAAUAUUCUCCUCGACAAAGACUUAACACCCAGUAUCUCAGAUUUUGGACUUGCAAAACUCAUCCCUGUCAACAUGACUCAUGUCAGUACACGUGUGGCAGGAACAAUAGGUUAUUUGGCUCCAGAGUAUGCCAUAAGAGGGCAGUUGACACGUAAAGCAGAUAUCUACAGUUUUGGUGUUCUUCUUAUUGAAAUAGUCAGUGGGAGAUGCAACACAAACACGCGAUUGCCUGUUGAGGAACAAUAUCUUCUUGAAAGGACAUGGAAACUUUACGAGAGAAGGGAGCUAGUGGGGCUGGUGGACACAUCAUUAAAUGGGGAUUUUGAUGCUGAAGUGGCCUGCAGAUUCCUAAAGAUUGGUCUACUCUGCACCCAGGAUACUCCAAAGCUUCGACCCUCCAUGUCAAAGGUGGUGAAGAUGCUAAUUGGUCAGAUUGACGUUGAUGACAAUGAGAUAACAAAGCCGGGCUUAAUUUCAGAUUUCAUGGACCUCAAGAUUAGGACCACUCCUCAAACAAAGCCUGAUGUCAACAAGGUCCCGUACAACAUAUCCUCAAGCUUAGAUAAUCAAGACAAUUCAACUAUGACAUCAGGAACCUCCUCUCAAGCAACCAUGACCUUUACUGUAUCAUAUGAUCAGAGCAGUUGAACUCGCAGACUCCCACCAAGAGAGAGAGAGAUUUGUUUUUGUGUUUAAGUUGUCUUUUUUUUUCUUUUUCAUUUUUUGGUUUGCUGGGGCUUGUUCGCUUGUAAAUUGUAUAUUCAAGUUUUUUUUCUUAUUCAGUCUUUUCAUGCUAAGAGGAGAGUGCCAAAAUUUUCGAGAAAGAGUUAUA